GUUUGGAGCCGCCAUGGCAAGGCAGCUAUUUCGAGUCGUGUGUCUAACGCUGGUCACGGGCACUGCCUUGUCCUGUGCUGCCUCCGAAAAAGAACCAACGGCCACUGCCGACUUCACCGCCACUAUUCCGAAAACGGGACUUGAGAGGAGCGUGGAGAAAGUCUUUUUUCUCGGACCAUCGAACACGCUCCAGGUCAUUGACCAGACCGGCGCUGCAGUCUAUUUGCCAGAAAAGAGCGCCAACACACAAGAUUCUUCCUCUAAACCCUACAGUGUCGCUUAUCGCUUUGAGAAUGGGGCGUGCGACUUCACCAAAACUGUCGAAUUCAAGGACAUAUUUCCAGACUACACGACGGCAGUAUGGGACCAGGAACAGAAGGACUCGGCGACGAGUGGAGGUGGAUCUGCAGAAAAGGUUGUGAAGUACAGGUUUACGAAUCCUCCGGCUGAAUACUUGGGUGAAGGGUUGAGCUUUUGUGUGCGGUUCAAAACAGUUCUUGCGUCUGGUUCGGGUUCACCAACAAAGACCUCAACUUCGUCGACGUCUGAUGGUGGCUCCGACGCACAGACACCUGGCGAUGAGACAACGGAGGAAGAAAGUCCUCAAGAACAGGGUCCUAGCCAAGGGCCGGUUGGUGGUAGCUCGCCAGGAGACGGGUCUCAAGGCCCCUCGGAAGAAGUUGGCCAACAAUUGCCUUCCGUUGGAGAAGGGGAGAAGGAAGAAGAAAAUUCAGAUAUUCGUGCGUCUCCCGCUACGCCCGGCGUUGUCGCGGGUGGCGCGGACAGUCCUGCCGUACCACGGGAACCAUCAGCUCAUAACGCCGAUAAAGAUCAAGGCUCUCCCUCUCUGUUCAACCCUCAGGGUAGAGUCACAGAAGAACAAGGGCGGCUUGACCAGGAUGAAGGCCAUGAAGGUGAUGACGCCACUCAAGAACCCAGCGGCGUCAUCGUGAGGCGGCUGGAUGCACCAGCGUUAGUGCAAGAUGCAUACUUGACUAUUGUAGUGCACUCCGCAGCCUGGAGCUCUGCAAGUGGAAUAGGUGCAUCGUCCGGUAUUCUGAUCACUGUGACAAUCACGCUGUUGCAGAUAUGGUAA